CGUGAAGUGUUCAGAAUGAAGUGCUUAAUUGUGUUUUCGCUCCUAACUUUGGGCUGUGCCUUGGCUCAGAAUUUCAACGAUGGACGCUACUAUCCAGAGCUCCUGAAGAGCAAGUUCGACGACGGACAGUACCGACCGGGUAAUGCUAAUGGUAAUGGAAGAGUUGGUAGCCAAGGAUCGUUCGGUGGUUCCGGUAGCCUUGGUUCAAGCGGAUUCGGUUCGGGCAGCUCUGGAAGCCGUUUUGGAUCGUCCGGAGGUGGAAAUCGUUUCGCUGGUGCUGCUCCAGCUAAGGUUGCAUUCGUUCCAGCACCGGCUCCAGUGUUCGCUUCAUCUUCUUCAGGAUUUGGGGCCAGCAACAAGAACAAGGGCUUCGGAAGUUCUAGCAGAUUCGGAGGAUCCAGCAGCAGUGGCAGCCAGGAUGGCAUCAAGGAAGACACCCGUGAGCUGAACGAAGAUGGGUACUUCUAUCGGUUCUUGAACGAGAACCAAAUUGAAGUGGCCGAGACGGGACGCAUCGAUAACCGUGGUAGCGAGAAUGAAGUACUUCGUGCCAAGGGAUACUACGAAUUUGUUGGCGAUGACGGUGUCCGCUACCGAGUGGACUACAUUGCCGAUGAGAAUGGAUUCCAGCCAACGGGUGAUCAUUUGCCGACCCCACCACCAAUUCCAGAAGAAAUUGUCCGUUCUCUGCAGCUGUUGAGUCAGGGUUAAAUCAAAAACUGGAUGAGUGAUAUUUAGGAUGUAAGAUUUUGCUGAGUGCCAUGUAU